AUGAGUAGCGUAAUGAAGGGAGGGAGUUGCUGUGGUUGUGCCGAGGCUGGCCUUGUAUGUGAACACCUGCGGCGCAAGCGGGGCCGGCCACGCAAGGUCAAGCCCGACCCCAACGCCCCCAAGCCCACACCACCCAAACCACUGCCGACUCUUCGCCCUACGCCCGUACCCUAUGGCCACCUCCCGGUCGCUCCGCCACCUCGCGCUUUUGCCCCGCGACACCCCACGCCACUCGCAGCCACAACAACAACAGCCGUGGGAAGAGAGAAAAAGAGAUGGGCGGGAGGUGGUGGUAACUGCGAUUGCAUGGACGACGAACAAGAGGAAGAGGAAGAGAGGCAAGUCGCUGGGCCGGACCGAGUGCGCGUACGAGGAGAGGAGCUACGACCGCCGACGGCCGCGAAUUCAGGCGUGGUGCCCAGCGUGCUGCAACUGCUGGUCAACGAGCUGCAGGACAUGAAGCACAGUGUAGAUGCCAUGAAGAAGGACGUCUCCCGACUGUCGGCCAAGCAGCGCACCUACACCAACAUGCAACACGACCUGACACAGAGAUUGGACUCUCUUCCGGCCAUCGUGCCCCCGAUGGCACCGGCCAGGUCGGAGCUGCUGGUUCCACGUCCAACGGACUCGGCGCGGGCGGCU